AUGUCUGCAGUGCGCCAGCGCAAGGCAGCAGCCCCACCGCCAGGAUGCGAUGGCCCAGCAUCCGCCUCUGGGUCGCGGUAUCAACGCGCGGCUCGUCCUCCAGCCCGACCGACACGUAGUGUCCAUAUCGCCCUCUCCCUCGUCAUCCUCGCGUGCAUGAUUGUCUAUGGGCAGAGGCAGAGCUUUCUCAAAAGCAAGAACAGCUACACUGUUGACAAUCUGAAGGGCGGUAAACCUCUUCCGGAAUGGUACGCUGUCUGCUCCAAGGACGGCAAGAAGGUGUACACUGUCCCGGCAGACGUUGGCGGAGGGUCCGGCGCGGUGGAGUGUGUCGUUGUUGGCGGUAAAGAGGUGGUCGACACCGGCAGCCUUGCGCACGUCCGUCGCGUGUGGGGAGAGAAGGGUAAAGGAAACGUCGGCGCGGUCGAGGGAUCCCCGGACCACAUCCGCAAAGCUGGUGGCAUUACAAUUGUCUAUCUUCCUCCAGGCCACACUGUGACUCCCGGCUUUACCGAUUCACACACCCACCCGCUCGAAUAUGGAUAUACCCGUCAACUCCCUCUUGUAGGCACCAAGAGCGUUGCCGAGGUCAUCUCUGUUCUGGAAGACUACGUCAAGGCUCACCCCGGUGGUGGGCCUGACGACUGGAUCACGGGCAUGGGUUGGGACGAGACAAAGUGGCCUGUCAAGGAAUUCCCCACGGCAGCUGAUUUCGACACCUCCCCACUCCUCCGUGGCCGCCCAAUUGUCCUGUACCGCGUCGACGUCCACGCGGCAUGGGUCUCGCCAAUCGUUCUGGCCAAGAUCGGCAAGCUGCCUGACAAGGACGAGGAAGGCGGUAAAGUCGUCCGCGACGAGAAUGGUGAGGCGACAGGCGUCUUCAUUGACAAUGCUAUGCGCUGGCACAUCAACCCAGUUCUCCCAGAAGUUACCGACGAGAUUCGGGAGAUGGCACUCAAUAUAAUGACGCGUGAUGCCCUCGCGCUGGGUCUUACAGGCGUUCAUGACGCUGGGCAGAACCCAAAGGAUCUCGACUUCUUCAAGAAGAUGGCCAACCAUGGCAAGCUUUCUGCACUCGCCGUUACAGCUGAAAAGGUGUUGCCGCCGCCUUACCGCCACCUCCCUCCAGACCACGCUUACACCCAGAUGCGCUUCUACACCAUGCUCAUGUGUGUGGACCGUGCCACAUUCUGCGGUGACACUGUCGAGCGUGUGACUGGCCUUCAAGACGGUCGCUUCACCCUUCAGAGCGUCAAGCUCGUCUCCGACGGUGCCCUUGGAUCCAGCGGUGCCGCAUUGCUCGAAGACUACUCCGACCAACCAGGAUGGAAGGGUUUCCUCCUCACCGAAGAGGAAAAGUGGGCGCCGCUGAUCAAGAAAUACUAUGACGAUGGGUGGCAGGUUAACGUCCACUGCAUUGGCGACCGUGCGAACCACGUUGUUCUCGACGGCUUUGAAGCGGCAAUCGGAAAGGACAAGGCGGCCGGUCGCGAGCGCAGGUUGCGUAUCGAGCACGCCCAGAUCCUCACCCUGCCGGACCUUAAGCGCGCCGCUGAGAUGGGUAUUAUUGGCAGCUACCAGCCAACGCACGCUACCAGUGAUAUGUGGUAUGCGGAAGACCGCCUCGGCCCCGAGCGCAUCAAGGGCGCAUAUGCGUGGCGGUCAUACAUCAACAAUGGCGGCCGCAUUGCCCUCGGAUCAGACUUCCCCGUCGAGUCGCCCCACCCGCUCAAGGGCUUUUACGCCGCUGUCACUCGUCGUGCAGAGGACGGGACAUCACCGCAUGGCAAGAAUGGGUGGUACCCCGAGGAAAAGCUUAGUCGCGUCGAGGCGUUGAGGGGAUUCACUGCUGAUCCCGCCUACGCCGCCUUCUCCAACAACACCGGCUCCCUGACAAGGGGCAUGCGUUUCGACGCCGUCCUCUGGGACGACGACCUCAUGACUGUGGAUGAGGACGAGAUGCUCCAGACCAAAGUCAUGGCCACGAUUGUCGACGGGAGGAUCGCGUAUGGGGAAUGGAAGGUGUAA